AUGGAUGUAACGGAUACUAAAGAUAUAGUAGAAGUGGAUUUCAGAAAUAUAAUAAGUGCUAAAGGUAUAGUAGAUGCUGUAGAUAUAAAUAUGGCAGAUAUUAUAAGCAUAGUGAGUGUAGUAGGUGCUAUAAAUGAUAUAGGUAUCGUAAGCGUAGUGGGUGCUGUAGAUGCUAUAAUAGAUGAUAUAGGCAUUAUAAGCAUAUCUUAUUUUUAG